AUGAAGUUUUCAAUUACCUUUUGUUUGCUCAUCGGCGUCAUCAGCUGGGCGUUUGCUGCAGAAGCUGAUCCCACCAAACUGUCGCACGUCAUUAAGCUAAAGGACGGCAAGGUGCAGGGCGUCAUUGAGGAGGCUGCUCAUGGCCACAAAGUGGACUCUUACAUUGGAAUCCGCUACGGUCACGCAAAACGUUUCGAAAAGGCCACCUCCGUUGAGCCGUGGACUGAAACGUACAAUGCCACCCACUGGCGUGACGCCUGUCCCCAGCACGGCGUCGGUGUGGCGCCCAACAAGUUGCCCUUCCACACUGAAACAAUCAGCGAGGACUGCCUCUACCUGACGGUGACCAGACCGCACAACUCGCACCACACCAACCGCUCGGUGAUGUUCUGGAUUCACGGAGGUGGCUACAACUCUGGCUCCAUUUUCACAAUGGCCUACGAUGGCCGCUACCUGGCCAGUCAAGGCGAUGUAAUCGUCGUCACGGUCCAGUACCGAUUGGGCCCAUUCGGCUUCCUCGCCGAGGAGAGCAGCACCAAGAAGGACCACCCGGGUAACUUGGGCCUCUAUGACGCCCUGCUCGCCCUGCGCUGGGUGCACGAGAACAUUGCCCAUUUUGGAGGAAACCCGCACGAUGUGACCAUCUUCGGAGAGUCGGCGGGCUCCUUUGCUGUCGGUUCUCUAUUGUUGUCGCCCCUCUCUAAGGGUCUCUUCCACCGGGCGAUCAUGCAGUCGGGCGCCCCGAACAGCUACUUUGGCGUUCAGACGUACAAAGAGAACGGUGAGGUGGGCAAGUGGCUCGGGGGCCGAGUGCACUGCAACAAUGAGACCGCCGCCCAGCUGGUCGACUGUCUGAAGGGAAAGACGGUUCAGGAACUGGUCGACGGUUACCAAUGGCUGACUACCCAAAAUCAGAACUUUAAGCCCGUCUACCCAGAGUCGCUGCUGCCAAUCAGACCGGUUGAGGCGCUGAAGGGUGGCAAGUUUAAUCAUGAUGUUGAUCUGAUGUUUGGCACCACCUCACAUGAAGGAUCAGGUUUUGUCCUCUGGCUCUCUCCAGAGGUUCACUCCAACCAGAAGUUGACGGUGAACACCACAAAGGAUGCUAUCAAGGAGCAAAUGAAGUUCUUCCAUGCUGGCUAUGAGACGGAGAUUGCCCAGUACUACACAGGAAAACUGCCCGCCAAUGCUACACAAGAUCAACUAAA